AUGUUCGCAAAGCAAGCGUUCCGUGACCGUUCCAGAGAACGAACGAGAGGAGAGGUGAGGUCGGGUGUGAAGAGAACGUUUGCUCUAAACACAAACACGACGGACGCGUGCUUUAAACGAGCACAGACGACCUCGAGGAGAACAGAAUAUUUGAACCAGAGUCGGUCUGGAGGAGAUUAUGAAUGGCGUUAUGAGUAUUAUGAUGAAGAGGAACCCGUGUCCUUCGAGGGAUUGAGAGCCAACAGAUACUCUAUAGUGAUAGGUUUCUGGGUUGGACUGGCCGUGUUUGUCAUCUUCAUGUUCUUUGUUUUGACGCUGCUGACUAAAACAGGAGCUCCGCAUCCAGAGAUGUCUGAUCCCGGUGAAAAGCAUCAUGGUCUAGCUGACUGUGUGCUGGAGGUCAGCAGCUCUCUCCCGCCGCUGCCGGACGAAUCACGCUCCCUCUUUCACUUCUACAUCCACGAGGAGGCCGUCAGAGAUGCCGUGAUUGGCCGAGGGAGGCGUUGUGGGCGGGGCCUCCUCCAGGGGGCAGCAGAGGACGAGAGAGGAAAUGAAGACGAGCGCUUCCUGUCCGACUUCCACAUUCCCAACUUCGUGAGCUCUGAGCAGAACGAUGACUUCCUGCCAUGUGAGCAGAGCGCAGAGCCCGCCCACUCCUCCUGUGAUGUCAUCGGAUGCUAACACACAGACUCUUCUCUCACCUGCUUUUUAAUGAGCAUCAAACGGACUGAUGAUUAAUUAUGCAGAAGAUCAGAUCAACUUUCACUGUGUUCUAUUCUCCUCUCUAAACUUCACUUUUAGUUAGUUCCUUUAGUUUAGUCUUCAUGACUGUGUGUGUGUUUACGGGUAUUAUAGUAUGAUUGACAUACUACUAUAGUUCAGAACAAGGCUGUGAAUUAGUGUUCAUUUUCUAACCUUACUUUAUUUUUUAUUUUGUUUAAAUGUAAGUUGUUGAUUUUAAACUACAAAAGUAUUAAGUUUUUAUAUAUAUCAUUUAUUUAUUUUUUUCUUAAUUCAGCACAUUAAGUUGUACUGUAAAGGAAAAUAUGAAAUGUUUUUUUGAUUAUUUUAGCUAAU